CCGUAUCAUGUGGCGUUCAUUCUCCAUCAAUCACCGGCCACCAGACCGAAUAGUAUUCAACAAUUUAUGUGUUCAUACAACGCUUGGGGCCUCGCUCUGGCCGCGGCCGGACGCAGAACAACGCAAGCAACCUGUCUUCAUCUCCAUAUCUGUGCCCUUGUCUCUUAAAUCUGCUGGCAGCGACGACACUCUCGACGACUCUGUGAGCUAUGGAACCAUGUGCAAACUUGCGGAGAAAAUUGCCAAGCAGGAACGUGGAUUCGGAAGUGCGGAAGGGCUUGCAGAGGGUCUGGCCGAGGGGUGCUUGGCCGCAUUUGGGAGUCUGAGCGAGGUCAACGUUCGAGUAAACAAACCCCGAGCUCUGCUGCAUUGUACAUCCGCUGGUGUGGACAUAACUCGGUCUCGUUUCCCCGGCGAUGAUGGCGGAAAAGAAGACGUCUACUUUUUGGAGGGCCUGGCAUUAAGCACCAUUAUCGGAAUUAAUCCCUGGGAAAGGGUAGAGAAGCAGAUGGUGCAUCUGGACAUCUCGCUGUGCAAAACCCCCGAACACAAAGAAUCGAAUGCGCUUGAAUUUGACUUCCGUGCUCUUGCCUCCCGUGUAUCUGAUCACGUCUUGCAAUCAUCAUAUCAAACAGUUGAGUCAAUGGCCACGGCUAUUGCGAAAAUAUCGCUCUCCUGUGAUGAAGAUGCUCGGGCUGUCACGGUGAAGGUCGCAAAGCCAAGCGCGCUGAUGUUCGCCGCUGCUGCUGAAGUAGAAAUCACUCGUACCCCAGCAGAUUUCGCAAUUUCUCCUGUGAACCUGUCUGAACUGGGUGAGUCAGGCAGAAAACACAGGGCCGUCAUUGCUCUUGGAUCGAACCUUGGAGAUCGAGUGGCAAAUAUUGAGCGAUCGCUCAAGCUGCUUGAAGCUGCUGGUGUGAAGGUGGUGGAGACAAGUUUCAUGUACGAGACGGCGGCGAUGUAUGUUGAGGACCAACCAAUGUUCCUGAAUGCUGCCUGCGUGGUGGAGACGAUCCUCGACGCUGGUAACCUAAUGCAGCUGGUCAAGAGAGUCGAAGAGGAUGCUGGUCGCACGAAAACAUUCAGAAAUGGACCGCGUGUCGUCGACCUGGAUAUCAUUUUUUCCGACAGUCUCCAUACGCAAAUCAAAGCAUCGGACAACAACGGAUAUGAGCUGAUCGUGCCACAUAUGAGAGUACAAGAACGGGAGUUUGUAUUGCGGCCUCUAGCCGAUAUCGUUCCCAACCUCGUCCACCCGGUGCUGGGCAAAUCGGUCACCUCCCUUCUUCGCUCUGUCACAACGGGUGCUUCUCCGAUGUACCGCAUUCUGCCAUUCCCUGCCUCACCCGUCAGCUCAGCCUUCACUUGGCCACUGUCACGCCGGACGUACAUAAUGACUAUCGUCAACUCGACGCCCGAUUCGUUCUCCGACGGCGGGACGCAUUUUGUUAGUUCAACCGCCGCCACAUACGAACAGCAGCUAGAAAAUACUAUCCGGAGUCUGCAUCGGGCGGUGGAAGAUGGUGCCGAUAUUCUUGAUAUUGGGGGGUACUCUACUCGGCCCGGUGCAGCCGACGUUUCCGAGGAGGAAGAAAUUGCCCGGGUCGUACCCCUCAUCAAGGCCUUCCGGGAAACGGAUGCCCAUACUCCGAUUUCUGUGGACACAUUCCGGGCAUCGGUGGCACGAGCUGCUGUGGCGGCUGGCGCGAGCUGCAUCAACGAUGUGUACGCGCUUUCUCGCGACCCUGACAUGCUCCAAGCUGCGUAUGAUCUCGCCGUACCGGUCGUCAUGAUGCAUUCGAGGGGCGAUGCGGGACAGGAGAAGGACUAUUCAAGUUAUGACAAAGUGAUGGAUGGGGUCCGUGCCGAGCUAGGGGAGAAGGUCGCAAGAGCGCUUCGGGCCGGUGUCAGGAGAUGGAACAUCGUGGCCGACCCUGGGGUGGGAUUCUCCAAAACGGUGGAUGGAAACCUUGCGGUGCUGCGGGAACUCCCAACAUUAACGGCCACUGUUGGGGGAGCGGGACGGGCAAGGCAUCCACUGGAUCACUUGCCCGUGCUGGUGGGGACAUCAAGGAAGGGCUUCUUGGGCGUUAUCACAGGAACGGACAAAGCACAGGAGAGGAUAAUGCCUACAGCUGUGACAUGUGCUGCUGCAGUGCAAGGAGGAGCAGAUAUUAUUAGGGUGCAUGAUACAAGGGAAAUGCGGGAUGUCGCGAAGGUGGCGGAUGCGUUAUGGAGAUCUAACUCAUAG